GCAUUUUUGUCAUUCUUCGGUCAAAAUUGUCGUUAGACCUUCUGCGAGAACGCUUUAUCAAGCCGAUGAACCCAGUUCUCACCGGACUUUUUUUUCCGGUUUCCAGUUUCUACUGAGCCAGCCCCUUCUGCAGAUUGAGCAAACAAGAGGAGCAGAACCUCGUUGUUAAGAGUCAGCAGUUUCGUCUAGGGCGAACGCCAUGCACGCUCUAAUUCGCAAGUGCGCCGCUGCUCAUGUACGAGCCAACACCAACUUCAUCCACAUUUCAACAUCUACAGCUCCCUCAAUAAAAGAGACGGGCCUCUACGGCUUUCAUCAUUUGAAAACUCCCAAAGGCUUCCAACGAUUCGUUGACGAUGCUAUUGAGAGGUCACAAGAACUUGUGAACUAUAUCGCUGGCAUGCCCUCAUCUCCCGAAAUUAUCCGGGCAAUGGAUGAGAUUUCUGAUACUGUGUGCUCAGUAAUUGAUUCAGCUGAAUUGUGCAGACAUACUCAUCCAAACAGGUGGUGAACUAGGAUUGAAAUAAACCUAUGCAUUCGUAUCUACAGUUUCUGAUCUUCUUUUCAAUUGCUUUGAGUACUUACAUAAAAAUUGUCACAUUUUAGGGAGUUUGUUGAUGAGGCAAGCAAGGCAUCCUUGAGAGUAAAUGAGUUUUUACACUAUCUUAAUACAAACCAUAGUAUAUACAAGGCAGUGAACAAAGCAGAAAAAGACAGCAAUUCACUCACACAUGAAGCGCAUAGGGCAGCCCGCUUUCUACGAAUGGACUUGGAGAAGGGUGGAAUCCAUCUUUGCUCUGAAAAACUGGAUCGAGCUAAUGAGCUUGCCAUUGACAUUAUUCAGUUGUCUAGAGAGUAAGUAUAAUGAAAAUAUUAUUACUGACCCAGGCCAUGUGGAUAUAUUUCCAGCGUCUAAGAUCCCUAAAAAAUUGCACCACCUUGUCAGCCCUAUCUAUCGUAACCUGCCAGGUUCAUCUAAGGGAUCUUGGGGGUUAAGAGAUAAAACCAAAGAAAAAGGAUUUCGCUUAGCAACUGAGUCAAGUACUCUGCAAGGCUUUCUUCAAUGUGCACCAGAUGCUGGGGUCAGGAAGGUGGCAUAUGUUCAAGGAAAUUCUGUUCCACAUGCAAACCUUGAGGUUCUUGAUAAGCUUAUUGCAACUAGACAUGAAUUUGCACAGCUUAUGGGGCAUAAAUCUUAUGCUGAAUUUGCUCUGCAUUCUACUAUGGCUGCAUCUCCUGAAGUGGUCAUGUCCUUUUUGCUUGAGAUGAGCAAAGUGGUCAGACCCAAGGCUGAUCAAGAGUUUGAGGCGAUUCAGAAUUUCAAGAGAGAGAAUAGUGGUGAUCCCAAUGGAGAGUUGGAUCCAUGGGAUGAGGCGUACUUCACGUGGUUGAUGAAGUCUGCAAAAUACAAGUUGGACUCCUCGGCUAUAGCAUCAUAUUUUCCUUUACAACAGUGUAUCGAGGGUUUGAAGGUUUUGGUUGAGUCACUCUUUGGUGUGACCUUUCAUGGAGUACCCCUUGCACCUGGUGAAUCAUGGCAUCCUGAUGUGAUGAAGAUAGUGUUACAUCAUCCUACUGAGGGAGACCUGGGGUACUUAUACCUCGAUCUAAAAUCAAGAAAAGGUAAACAUCCCAUUUGUGCUCAUUUUGCUAUCCGAGGAGGGCGUCAAGUUUCUGAGACAGAAUACCAACUUCCUGUUGUAGCGCUUGUUUGCAAUUUCUCUGGGUCGAGUUUGGCUCCGGUGAGGCUUAACCAUUCUGAAGUAGAAACACUUUUCCAUGAGUUUGGGCAUGCUCUACAUUCAUUGCUUUCAAGAACGGAAUACCAACACUUUUCCGGUACGAGGGUGGUUCUUGAUUUUGCUGAAACGCCUUCAAACCUAUUUGAGUCCUAUGCCUGGGAUUAUCGGGUGUUAAAGACAUUUGCUAAACACUACUCAACUGGUGAUAUUAUUCCCAAAGAACUUGUAGAAUCAAUGGUGGGAGCUAAAAAGAUGUUUGCUGCAACUGAAUUGCAACGCCAGAUUCUCUAUGCACUAGUUGAUCAAACACUCUUUGGGGAGCAGCCAUCCGCAGGGAUAGAUACGAUGGCAAUUGUUGCAGAUUUAAAAAGACAACAUACAAGUUGGACGCAUGUGGAUGGAACACAUUGGCAUACCCGAUUCAGUCACCUUACAAACUAUGGCGCAGGUUAUUAUAGCUACUUGUAUGCAAAAUGCUUUGCCACGAGUAUCUGGCAAAGGAUGUGCCAAGAGGAUCCUUUAUCAUUGGACACUGGUUCGGCUUUGAGAACAAAAUUCUUGCAGCAUGGAGGAGCCAAAGAUCCAGCUGAUAUACUGAAUGAUCUUGCUGGGAGUGGCAUUGUAAGGAGUUGCCAUGGGGGAAUAAUACCGGACAUUACAAGCCUUUGCAAGGAAAUGGAACUCUUGAAAUGCUAAAAGGAGUUCUACCCCCGCAUUGAGAAAACACAUUCCCUCCACUGUACUAAACCAUGAAUUGUGCACGCAGAUAGCAGCCCACCAUUGAAGAGUUGGAGUUGAUUUUAAAAGAAGCUUUCCAUCGUAAUAACAACUAAAUAGCGCUGAUAUGGUGAUUUCAUCACGGCCAAGCAAGCAAAUUAAAGUAUUUUCAUGCAUGUCAUUCUUUAAGAUGGCGUUCAGAGGAAACACCUCAUGGCCAGACUAUUUAUUGAGCAAUUCUUCGGCGAAACUACUUAUGUGUAUUUUGAUUAUUUUUUGCUUAAUUUGGAUAGUGUUUCUAUAUCUGAUAAAACCAAAGAGAUGUAAUGAUGCUGGGAGUAUAUCAACAACAUAUCUAGUGUAAUCUUACAAAGUAGAGUUUGGGGAGGAUAAAGUGUUCAUAGACCUUACCCCAAUUUUGGAGGUAGGAGACUGUUUUCGGAUAUUCAGCUGAA